CGUCUAACGUGAUCGGGUUGAUCGUGCGGCAGUAGAGGCUUUGUGUUCCUCGCUUAUUGAUCUUUUUGAGUGUAAUUCAAAAUUUAUCAACUAUUUGAAUUUGUUUAACGUAUCGUAAUGUCAGUUUUGUGUUAUAACAAGGGAUGUGGGCAGCGUUUUAAUCCAGAGAACAACCCUGACGAUGCAUGUACCUACCAUCCAGGAGUUCCAGUAUUCCAUGAUGCACUUAAGGGUUGGUCCUGCUGCAAGAGAAGAACGACUGACUUCUCAGACUUCCUUGGCAUUGUUGGCUGUACAAAAGGUCCUCACAACAAAGAGAAGCCACCUGAGCCAGUGAAACCAGAUGUGAAAUCAUCUGGAGAAAAGCAGGGUGCAGAUGAAUUAAAACCCAAGUUUAAUGAGUACAUCAUCUCUGCACCAAAGCCCCAGGAGGCCAUAUGUAGACCAAGUACAGAUGAGCCAAUGGUAAGAUUGCAGCACAAAGUCUCUCCGUCCCUGAAACAAGCUCUGGAGAAACUGAAACUGUCUGAAAUUGUGACAGAAAAGAAAGAGGAAGAUGGUGAUGAGAUCAAGCUUGGAACAUCCUGCACAAAUGGAGGAUGCACUAAAACUUUUGAUGGACCAGUGAGCAAUUCAGACAUGUGCUUGUACCACUCUGGAUACCCUGUCUUCCAUGAAGGGAUGAAAUAUUGGACCUGCUGUAAGAGGAAAACCUCAGAUUUUAAUACCUUCCUCUCUCAAGAAGGCUGCACCAAGGGAACACAUGAAUGGAGGAAAAAAGAUGCGGGUAAGAAAGUUGUUCCAUGUCGCUUUGACUGGCACCAGACUGGAUCACAGGUCACCAUCUCUAUAUAUGCCAAGAAUUCUGUACCAGAGCUUAGCUACGUAGAUGCAAAUAGUACCACAGUCAACAUCCAUGUUAUAUUUGAGGGAGAGAAGGAAUUUGAUCAGAAAAUCAGUUUGUGGGGUGUGAUUGACGUGAGUAAGAGUUUAGUGAGCAUGAUGGCAGCAAAGAUCGAGGUAACCAUGAAGAAGUCUGAGCCCAUAUCAUGGGCUCGCCUAGAUCUUCCCCCGGUCACCCCACCCAAAGAGGAGGAGAAGAAAAAAGAGGAGUCGGACAGUGAGGAGGAAGAUGAAUGAUAAUUCAUUCUGUGACCCAUUUUCUUUUUGCCUUUUUACAUUUGGUCCUGCAAUUAUCAUUUACUUUGUCUUUUUUUUUUCCCAGCAGUUUUUCAUGAAAGAACAAAUUGAAUGUUUUGGGACACUAAAUAAGACUUCCAGCUGGAACCUCUUGGAAAAUAAAUUGACUUAUCAGGAUUUGCCAGUUGCACGCAUCUGUCAUUUCAGAGCUGUAAAGCCUUCUGUGCUCUGGUUUGUGGGACUCAUUAUAAUGGACCACUGUGGUGACAAAUUACCAGCUUACAAUAUUUGGUAAAAGAUGUUUGUGUCUGUACUUUUUUCAGUGUUAGAAGUGGUAUGCUUGUUUAUAUCUUUACUUUUUUCAUAUUCCAUUCGGGAAAAUAUGUAACAUUCUAUUUUGAUCACCAAUAUCUUAUUAAAUAAUCUCUUUAUGGAUUAUAAAGCUGUAUAUUUAUGAAGAUGAAGCUGCUCUGUGUACUUAUGGGAUCUGUUGUAGGACUUAAGAAUGCGUGUCAUCAUCUUCCAACUAUUCUCUUUUCAUGGGAGUGGAUGACUAUGUCCUUGGUGUGGACUUUCUCCUUUCCUUUCCUUUCCUUCAUCAUAAGUAAUAGUUUAAAUAAUUUCUGUGUUGUUUGCAGAUGAGCACUGGUCUUUAUAUAUGCGUGUGUGCAAAGACCUUAUAAGUUGAUAGUGGGAAGGCCAAACAAGAUAAUGUCCCUCAUCAUAAAGAUACGAAUGUACUGUAAUAUUUGAAAAUGCCAGUUGAGUAAUUGAACUGAAGUACUGUAUUAUUAAAGUAUAUUCUGGCACACGUCAAAGCAGAGAAUAUUUAAUGCUGAAUCUGAGUGAAUAGAAGGCAAAAGUGAAAUCACUAAGAAACCGGUCUAUCUUACUGAAAAUAAACAUCUUAUAUUUUUAAACUGGA